AUGUUUGUUUGCAUCAUCUUACAUUUUGCAGAAAGAGAUCAUGAAGAAGCAAUGAAGCUACACGCUGCACUGAAUCUUCCAUCUCUGCGUACCCGAAAAGAUUCAGAACAACGCUCGCGAGAUGGAAUUAAGGAAGGGGCGCCCAAGUCGGAUGUGCCUGCAAAGGUGGUCGGUAGGAAACGAAGUAUAAACGCUCACCCUACCUCCGAUUCAACUUCGCAGUCUGAAAGCUCGCGCAAAAGUGAAGACAAACCCAAGCAGAAGGAACCUCCAGCAGUCGAACAAACUGACAUGAACGACAUAGUUGGCUCAAUCUUGGCUGAAGCUCACACCGCGACCAUGGCAUCAACUACUCUCAAUCAUGUACCAAUGCAGCUGCAUCCUGAUGUCUCUGGAAACUCGUCC